UCGUUUUGAUGGUUGUGGCAUAAAAAUUUUUUAUUUUUAAUUUAAAGCGUCUUCUUGCGUUUGUCUGUUCGACCUGUCCUCAGCCUGACGUCUAGGACGAAUUCGAAGUUCUUAUUCUGUCAAGAACAAUUUCAGUACAGAGUGGCAUUAUUUUUUAAAUUUUGCAAAAUUUUCAGAUUGUACUGUCAUCUGAAGAAUAAUGUCUGGAGAUCAUCGUAAACAUGCAAUCUUGAGCGUUUAUGACAAAGCCGGCAUCAUAGAAUUUGCCAGAAGAUUGGUUAAUGCUGGCUAUAUGAUAUUAUCAUCUGGUGGUACUUCGACCCACUUGAAGCAGCAAGGCAUUGAUGUCUGUGAGAUAUCCACUUACACAAAGUCUCCAGAACUUCUGAAAGGAAGGGUGAAAACCUUGCAUCCAGCCAUUCAUGCUGGAAUUUUGGCAAAAGACACUGAGUCAGAUGUGAAAGAAUUAGAAAACUUGAAUUACAAUUUGAUAAGCCUGGUUGUGGUCAACUUGUAUCCAUUCGUGCAGGCCGUGUCUUCUCCAGAUGUGACCAUUGAAGAAGCUGUUGAGCAGAUUGACAUAGGUGGUGUUGCUUUGCUCCGAGGGGCAGCUAAGAACCAUUCAAGAGUGACCGUCGUCUGUGAUCCAAAUGAUUAUGACAGAGUGCUUGAAGAAAUAGAACAUUCUGACAGCAAGGAUACCACAGCUGCUUUGAGGCAAUCUCUCAUGAUCAAGGCAUUCAACCACACCAGUGAAUAUGACAUAGCAAUCUCUGAUUUCUUCAGGAAACAGUACAGUUCAGGAGAGGCCCAGAUGUCCUUGAGAUAUGGAAUCAAUCCCCACCAAACGAACGCCCAGAUAUACACUCAUCUGCCAUCUUUACCCCUUAAAAUUCUGAAUGGUAAGCCGGGCUACAUAAACCUCCUCGAUGCGCUGAAUGGAUGGCCACUUGUUUCAGAAUUGAGUCAAUCGCUGAACCUGCCUGCCGCGACAUCGUUCAAACAUGUCAGCCCUGCAGGAGCUGCUGUUGGCCUGAAGCUGAGUGUUGAAGAUGCCAAGAUCUGCAUGGUGGAUGACCUUCUUGAUCAGCUCUCACCACUUGCCUCUGCUUACGCUAGGGCUCGCGGAUCGGAUCGUAUGUCAUCAUUUGGUGACUUCAUUGCAUUGUCAGAUGUCUGUGAUGUCAUCACAGCCAGGAUUAUAUCUCGAGAGGUAUCGGAUGGCAUAAUAGCUCCAGGUUAUGAUUUGGAAGCAUUGGAGAUAUUGAAGAAGAAGAAGGGAGGUGCCUACUGCAUCAUUCAAAUCGAUAAGGCAUACAAGCCUUCUGCCAGGGAACUAAGGACUGUGUUUGGAUUGACGAUGGAGCAGAUGAGAAAUGAUGCCGUCAUAAACAGGGACCUUCUCAAAAAUAUUGUCACCACUCACCAAAACCUUCCAGAGCAGGCCAUCAUAGAUCUGAUCGUGGCCACCAUUGCAUUGAAGUACACCCAGUCCAAUUCCGUCUGCUAUGCCAAAAAUGGACAGGUCAUAGGAAUAGGUGCGGGUCAGCAGUCACGCAUUCACUGCACAAGACUUGCUGGUGUCAAGGCCACUAACUGGUGGCUACGUCAUCACCCGCGUGUUGCAUCCAUGACUUUCAAGAAGGGAGUCAAGAGGUCAGAGAUUGCAAAUGCUAUCGAUAAUUUUGUUGAAGGAACUGUUGGUCAGGAUGUUGACAAAUGCAACUGGGAGAAAUCGUUUGAAGUCGUCCCGGAACCACUAUCGAAGGAGGAGAUUCACUCAUGGAUGAUGAAGUUGACCGAUGUUGCACUCAGCUCCGAUGCAUUCUUCCCCUUCAGAGACAACAUUGACAGAGCCAGCCAAAUUGGAGUGAAGUACAUAGUGGCGCCAUCAGGUUCAACUAACGACCAGAGCAUCAUCGAAGCAUGCAACGAACACGGAAUCACCCUGGCACACACCUCACUCCGCCUCUUCCACCAUUGAUCUGUUGUGGCCCUAUCACUCAGCCUAGCAUUCUCGUUGACGAUAUUGGCGUGGUUGCCAUUGAUUGCCGCAUUGAAAAAUUGUUUUCCUGAUGAAUUUAAAUUUUUAAUCAUAAUUUUGAACUGUUACUUUGCGAACAUUUAAGGAGCUGUUUUAAUGGUUUCAGAUGUGUAUGUUGACGCAGUUUGUUUGGACAUGUAUCAUUUUGAGUUACUGUUUUUUAUAAUAACUUUUCUGGGAGUUGUAAUUUUUGAUCUGGAAAAAAGUGGAAAUCGUGUCGAUUAAUUUUUUUUAAAUUGUAACAGCGGUGCCUGACGUCUUUGUCUUGUUUUCCACGAAUAUUCAUUUUUUAUGUUCGCUUAUUGUAGUGUAUUUGAGCUAAGUAAUAUUUUAAUUUUGGUUAGUAAACCAUUUAAUGACUGCAACCUAUCAUAAUCGUCAAAUUAUAUAGAGAGUACCUCUUAAUUUUCCUAGCUGACUGACCGCUUUGAAAUUAGAUAAUUGCAAAUUCUUUCAAAGCACGAAAAUUCAUAAAAGCGAUCAAA